GAGAUUGACCCAUUCAUGUCACAUGACAAAGAUGCCGCCAUGGCGGCCGGUGAAAAGCAACAAGAAGUAAGAGUGGAAGAAACAUUAAAAAUACGYAUCGGUGAAGCAAAAAAUCUGCUGCCAAGAAAAGAACCGCGAAGCGGUCGCAAUUCGUACUGUGUUGUAAGCUUAGAUCAGGAACAAGUGUUUCGUACAGCUACGGUAGAAAAAAGUCUUAAUCCAUUCUUUGGAGAGGAUGUUCAUUUUGAAGUACCAAGAGACUUCCGUUCCCUUUGUUUCUAUGUGUAUGAUACAGACUUGAUAGGAAAAGAUACUGUUUUAGGAAAGGUUGCUAUUAAGAAAGAAGAUCUUCAAAAACUCCAUUCUGAUACUUGGUUUGACUUGGUGCAUGUUCAUGCAGACACUGAAGUCCAGGGAAGGAUACACUUAGAAAUCAAGUACUUUGACAGUAUUCCAGAUUUACAUGAAGAAGAACUAUCAAGCACUCCUAAACUAAGAAUCAGAAUCAAGGAAUGUAGUGAUAUAUUUGCCUGUAGUGGUGGUGGGACAUUCUCUGAUUCAUUUGUGACAGUUACAGUACUAAACCCACCAUCCAGAUCAGACACACGGAAAACUAGAGUUAAAAGGAAAACAGUUAAUCCCCAGUUUGAUGAGUCCUUUCUUUUUGAGUUACCUUAUGAAGACCUGGAAAACACUAUAGUAAGAUGUGCUUUGUGGAGUUCUACCCURCUUGGAGAAGAUGUUUUCCUAGGAGAGGUCAGAAUUCCAUUGAACAAGUGUGACUUGGUAGCAGCACACGAAGGCUGGUACUGGUUAGGUCCCAGGGAAGAUAGAAGAUCAUCAGUCAGUCAACAGAGCAUUGGAUCUUUAAGAGUCAAGAUUUGUUAUACAGAAGAUCAUGUUUUUCCUUCAUCUUACUAUGAUCCUAUGAGAGAAGCAAUACUUGAUACCCAUAAACAUCAAGAUGUGACAACAGCUCCUUCAUUUAUUCUUUCUGAAGUCGUCAAGGACAAGCUUUCAGCUGCUAGAUCUCUUGUCAGGGUGUUUUCACAUCAUAAUCGGGUUGUGGAGUUUAUAAAAUCCAUAGUCGAUUAUGAAGUGAAGUCUACAGCGGAUCCCAAUACACUAUUCAGAGGAAACUCAUURGCAACUAAAGCAGUUGAUGAAUUUAUGAAGCAUGCUGGGAUGCAGUACCUUCACGACACUAUAAAACAUCUAGUGGAUGAGAUAUUUGAAGAAAGAAAAAGUUGUGAAAUUGAUCCUUCCAGGCUUCGUGAUGGUCAGUCAUUAGAAGCAAACUUGGCUAACUUACAAGGAUAUGUAGAUAAGCUGUUCAAUGCUAUCACCUGUUCUGCCAUUGCUUGUCCUACUAUUAUGUGUCAAGUGUUCUUUACCAUCAAAGACUCAGCUGUUAAAAAGUUUCCUGAUGARCCUGAUGUACGGUACACAGCGGUCAGUGGUUUUGUAUUUCUGMGAUUCUUUGCACCAGCCAUUUUGAAUCCUAAAUUAUUUCAGAUGAGAAGUGAGCACCCUGAUCCACUGACAGCAAGAACUCUCACAUUGAUAUCCAAAGCAAUUCAAAGCAUUGGGAAUCUUGUCAGCUCUGUGUUUUGUGGCCAGGUUAAAGAACCAUACAUGGARAAUCUUAAAGCUAUGAUUCUUGAUGAGAAACACAUCUUAGCAAUCAAAGGGUUUCUUGAUGCAAUUGCAACAUCACCUGUCAACUCCCAAGGUUUGCCUGUAGAUUAUCAAAUAGUUCUGAAAGAAGGGUAUCUGAUCAAGCGAUCACAAGGAAGAUCAAGGUUUGGAUUCAAGAAUUUCAAGAAGCGUUUUUUUGUGUUAACCAACAGAGGUCUGUCUUACUACAAGACCAAAGGCAAAGGUCUUCUCUGUCACAUAUCAUGUGAUGAUAUCAAAGGUGUUGAGAAACUUGGAGAAGAAUCUUUCAAACUUAAAUUGAUGUUUCAGAUAUUUCAACCUGACAAGCCACUGUACAUUCAGGCCAACAACAGUGUAGAGGAACGUGAAUGGAUGACUGCAUUACGAAAGUUGUGUCAAAGUAAUACUGAUAAAAUUGAGAAGUAUCAUCCAGAGGCUUUUGUWUGUGGUGCAUGGCUAUGCUGUAAGGAAAGGAGUGACAAAGCAGCAGGAUGCCAGCCAGUUACUGAAAUGCCACAGCCAAAGUGUGUCAAUGUUGUUAUCGAUUGUGACAGAGAAAUUGAGAGAAUCCACUCAUUGUUUUUAGUCAAUCUUGAACAAUUGGAUGAACUUCAAGUUGAAUGGGAGUCAAGUUACGAGUCGUCAGAUGAUGAUGAUCGACAUUAUUGCAAGGCGAAAUUGGAGUCUAUUAAUACAAUACGAUCACAUAUCAUCAGCUUAGAACAAGAACACAAACAAUACCGUAAAAUAACUAAUCGUUUGACCAGACAUGGAAGCAAAAAAUGUCCAUGGGGGCCCACCCAAGAAGAGCUCGAUCCAAUACGUCACGUGACUUUAUGACCAGGUCACGUGAUUGUAAGUAGGCAUAUUUUAUAUUUUACCAUUGUACCUCAUUGUAUGAGGCCAGGAACAUCUGCUAUCGUUUCACUUUCUUUUGUCAACUUAUAAAAGCAUGCAAAUGCAACACUCUUCAAGCUGAUGGUUUUUGUUUUGUAACGCAAAAUAACCAUGUUGUCUUAGCUUUCCAAGCCACAACUUGAAGAUCCUUUUUGACAAAUGUUAAAGAUCCUCUUUGUAGUCUUUGUACAGAUCUGAAUUCUACGGCCCCUGUACAGAUAUGUGCAUCAUUACAAUUCAAAAACCAUCCAGUCCAUACAGAUAUGCACCAGGGAACUUGAUAUCGAUUUAUUUAAAUUGUUGUUAUUUUAAUGUAGGUACAAUACGUAGACACAGGAAGCCCAAAGAUGUUUAUAKAAAACCAUAGUGAAGUGGAUUGGGCUUCCUGUGGAAUAUACUACGUGAAAUUAAGAAUUUUUUGUUGUAAGCAAGUUUUGCUUGAUUUCAAUCCGGCUGGUUUCCGGAUGUAAAGUUUAUACAUUUCCAUACAUAGAUAGAUCGCUAUUUAUUCAGCCAUAUUUGGGAAAUGAAAUUGGUUUUAAGGUGUAUCUAAUGAUAAUAAACCAAUUAUAUAUGGAACAUUUUAACCAUCAAAAUAUUAGUGCAAUGCAUGUUGUACCUUGGGAAACUGAAUGUAGGAUUAGAUAUCCCUCGCAAAAAUCCUGUCACGUGAUAGAGGUGGACAUAUCACGUGAGCAUGGCAGGAUGUUGUAACGACAUACCUCUUAAUAGUUGCGUGGUGGACCAAGACCAUCCWYGUGGCAUUUCGAUGCAAAAGAAACGCCUGUCACGUGAUCUUUAGUGCCCAAGGUCAUGUGACAAGCGAUAUGUGAGGUUACUGAGUUAGAGAGAAUGUUAUAAUAAUUACCUAAUGCAUGCUAAAAGGGCAAUACCCGAUCCUUGUCUUAGUGAUGGCAUUUCAUGUAAUCGCAGAGUCGAUCAACAUUUUGACUGAAAUACUUUGUUAAUGUCUCCUUUAAGAUAUCAUUUUACGCAAAACGAUGUCCAGAAAAUGUAGUUUGACAAACAGAAACUCGACGGUCAAUUACUAGGAAGGAUUUCGGUAUUGCUUCAAUUACUCCAAUUCAUGUGGCGAUAUUUAGGUAGAUAUUCUACCUCGAUUCUACCAAACAUUGGUAUACUUUAAUGAACGGUUAGAUCCGUGUGUAUCUCAGUUUUCUAGUAAAACUGCUGCCAUCUCUCAUCAUCGGCUGCCUUGGUUGUGUUAUAAUCAUGUGAUUAUUCAAGUUUUAAGAUGGAUUCGGCCACCUGUAGAGAUUUCCUCUAUUUUCCAUGUAAAACCUUCGAAACUAGAUGGACGAGGGCGAAUGGUAGCAUCCCGACUUGUCUUUCAUUACUGAUCAAAMGCCAUAAGAUUUUUUAGUUUCGAUAGAAAAAGUCCGCAUGGUUAAAGGACGAAAUGUCCGAACGUUUUCUAUCUUUUUACGGUAUUUUUUUUCCUCACUACUGUUAGRAGCACGUUGUAGUUCACAUUUAUACGCACUUGUGAUGAUUAAUAGAAUUCGCCCUCGUCCAUCAGUGCAGCGUGUUUGAUCAUUUUAGUAAACUUCGUUGUGACGUCUACUAAUGCAUCCAAUCCACUGAAACUCCGGUCACCAAAUCCCGGGUAGUACCUGAGAGCUAACAUAUUAUAAUCAACGGGAAGGGGGGAGGGAAUUAUCUGCUAAACCAAAAGAAAUGAUCUGUUUAGCCGACUUUUUAAGGCCCUAAGAGUCGGGACAGACUCGGUAUUGCCCGAGGGGAGGAGGGUGUGGUUUCAAUUGACUGAUGCAUAACUGUCCAAUUAGAACGUACGUUUGUAUCACUGAAUAAUCACCACAAUGCCAUUUGCAUUUCAAAUGCAGUUUAAUAUUUUCUGACAACGCUCUUGAAUAAGCUGUAAUCUUAUUUACUAGUGUGUAUAUAUUAAUUUACAGAUUUGUUUAUGUAAGCAAUUUCUAUUGGAUAAUUUUGUUGCUAAGCAAUAUGUUAAGAUAUUUAUUACAAGAGAGGUCAUUGGUCAAACCAGUGCGCAUGCGCAAUGAAUUAUCAAUAAAAGGACUUUAUAUCAA